UAGCCCACACUUUGACAGUACAUUCAGUCACUGGAUGAUUUUGCAUCGAAGUCUGUAAGUUCGAGAACUGAAACAGUCCAAAACGGCUACUACAGGUGAAGUUGACAGCAAUGGCCCGACGUCAGCUGUAUCUACCAGAACCCUUUAAGAUUGCCUAUGGAAAAGUUGGACAGUGCCGAAGAUUCCAGCAACUCAAGAAGAAAAAUGGCUCAUUCAAAAGGAAGGGGAUAGAAAGAUGGCAUAGAGCUGUGUCUACCAACUUACUAAAACAAAAUGUAUUGGUCCCUAAAGAGGAGUCAUCCAGUGAUAGUGACAUGGGAUUUCAUGAAAGUCAACAAAAUCAGAAAAGAAAUUUGAUGACAAAAGUGAAGACUGCUUUUGGGAGGAUGCUGUCCUACAAGUGUAGAAGCAAGCUAGCAAGUGCCAGCAAAGAGGGCUCCACUGACCAUAAGGAAGCCCUACUGUCAAACAUGCAGAGCCUUCUCCCUAGGAUUGUCAAGGAGCUUCCAUCUCCCAAGUUAUUUACAGCAAAAAUGAGAAAGCUUUCAGAGAAUGCGACUAUACAACUUGAUGUUGUAGAGGCAGAGACAGAGGAGAUAACCCAGGGAAAUACACUCCUUUGGGCCAGGAGAACCACCAAGCGGUUAUCUGUGACGUCUCUUCCUUCAGGACUACAAAAGGGGCCAUAUUCACCAAAAAAGAGACCACACUUUCCAGCACUUAAAAAGAAGAAGCAUGGCAUGAAAAACAUCCUUCGAAAAUCAGAUUUGACAGUAGGAAAGCUUCAAAUGCAGGUGGAUGACCUCAUAGAAACAGUGACCGAUAAAUCCAUGAAGCUAUUGGCCCAAAGACAUGCUGAGCUUCAACGGUGUGAGUUCUUGGGGGAUGAAAUUCUUCAGUCUUCUAAACAGUUCCAGAGGAUAUCCAAGAGAACCAAGAGGAAGUAUAAAUUUAAAAAUAAGACCACAAAAGGACCUGGAGACAGCUGAUGACCUGAGACUCCUUGAGGAACAUAGGAAAAGGUCUUUAGAUCAUAACUUAACCAAUCAGAAAAUCAACUCCACCUAGGAGCUGGAAGUCCUCCCCACCCCCCACCUUCCAGUUGUCCUGUCUUUCUGUACUGAACCAAUAUACAUCUUACGUGUAUUCAUGGAUGUCUGCCUGUAACUUCUGUCCCCCUAAAAUAUAUAAAAUCAGCUGUAACUCAACCACCUUCGGCACAUCUCAGGACCUCCUGAUGCUGUGUCCUGGGCAUGUCUUUAACCUUGGCAAAAUAAACUCCUAAAUCUAUUA